GGCCAUUUAUGGGCUGAAGCAAUCAGCCAGGAAUUGGAAUAUAUGUCUAGAAAAUUGUCCACAAUGAAUGCUCAGCCAGUGGUGGUCACUCAACCACAGAUGAUGGUAACGGUCCAGACCAACAGAGACUAUUGGCUAACGGACUUAUGUGACUGCUGUAGCGACUGUGGAGUCUGUUUCUGUGGACUGUUCUGCUUCCCUUGUUUGGGAUGCCAAGUUGCUUCAGCUAUGAAUGAAUGUUGUUGCUGUGGCCCAACUGUGACUAUGAGAGCUGUCUACAGGACAAAAUACAAUAUCCCUGGAUCCAUCUGUCAGGAUAUCUGCAUUGUGGGGUGUUGCCCCAUUUGUUCUCUCUGCCAAAUCCAGAGAGAUAUCAAAAAAAGGAAAGAAUUAGGGGUAUUCCAGAGGACUUCAUCCUAAGCUCCUUUACAUUUGUCCUUUUUCAUUAGAAUUCUGAGAAGUAAGAUGUAGUAGUUUGUAGGAAGUACCAUUAUUUAGAGGCACCCUUGCUUUAUUCUUAACCCAGAAAUUACAUUUUAGCACUGAUUCAGAGCUCAAAAUCCAGUCACACAAAAACCUAUUGUUGUUUGUCCUGCCUUUGCUUGAUCUCCCUAUUUCAUUUAAAAUGGAAAACAAAGUAGGUUGGUUGCUGAUGUUGUUAAACAGUUUGGAAUU